UCACUCCAGCUGAUCGGCCCAGGAUUCCCCGGUGGCUCUGCCCGUCGUUGGCUUUGACGGCUUCAGUGUUUCAACGUCGAUUUAAACUGUUUUAAAUUUACGGAGUCAGUGGCCGCUCGUGUCGGCAAGUCGUGCCUCGUCUAGUGAAACUCUGGAGGAUAAUCUGGCCGGGGUAUCGACUUUGUACUUGUCAAAGCCAGGGGAUCUGAACGCAAAUACGAGGCCCUCACUCCAUCCCCGGAUUCACCUGCUACGCGUAAAGCUACACAUUGAAGACCAACAUGGGGGACACGGGGAGCGAGGGCAGCAAGCCUCCGAGUAACGUUAACGUUAUACCCCCGCGCUGCCCCUGUGGUUUCUGGGGGUCAAGCAAAACUAUGAAUCUCUGCUCAAAGUGUUUUGCAGACAUUCAGAAGAAACAGCCAGACGAUGAUUGUGCCCCAAAGGCCUCCUCAAGCUCCAGCAGUAGCCAAGCAGACAUCUUCUGUAAUGAAACAAACAGCAGCAUUAGUCAGUCACUGAUGUCGAUGCCUAACACAUCAGAAGACCCUUUGCCAGGGGAGACGGAAGCGCCAUCUCUACCUGCUCAGGACGAAGUAUCCAGCACAGACACGGUCUUCAGUUCACUCUCCACUCCCACAAAACGCUCCUUUGAGUCAGCCUCGGAGUCAGAAAGCGAUGUUUCGCCCGAGAAGCGAGCGAGAGUGGGUGACGUGCCAGAGGGUGAGGAGUCUUCAUCGUCAUCUUUGUCUGCAUCAUCAUCAUCAUCCUCGUCUCGCAGCGGCUCUAAACAGCGGAGCCGCAAACGAUGCCAUCGCUGCCAAACCAAACUGGAGCUGGUUCAGCAAGAGCUGGGUUCCUGUCGCUGUGGUUAUGUCUUCUGUAUGCUCCACCGGCUCCCAGAGCAACACGACUGUCUGUUCGACCACCUGGGCCGCGGUCGCCAGGAGGCCGUGCUAAAGAUGGUCAAGCUGGACCGCAAGGUGGGCCGCUCGUGCCAGCGCAUCGGAGAAGAGUGCUCCUGAGCGGCCGCUCCCUCAGCAGAAUCUCGGUGUUCAGACGGCGUCUUAGCACCAACAGGGAUUUGAUUUUACUUUUGUUUCCACUUUUGUUUUUUCAAGAUUUUUGCUCUUUUUUUUGGAUACAAACCUACAUCUUUUUCUUUUAAAUUAUGCCUCGCUUAGUUUUUAGAUCCCACUGUUACCCACAUCCCCAGUUUUUUUUCUGAUUUUGUUGGCUUGAUCAUAUCCCUGCUGCUAAGAUGCCUUUUGGAAAAUCCAAACCCAGGAAUGACAGAACAAUAAAGAGCAAAAGGAAAUACAAUUUCUUCACUUUUUUGCAAGUGUGUGCAGAGAAAGAACGGAUAAAAGGAUGAUGAGAAGAAUACAAUGCUUUAUACAAAUGUUUGUCCCAGAAGCCAGUGGAAGACUAUACUCUUUACCUCAAAAAAGAAAAAAAAAGAAUGACGAGGAGAGGGAGGAGAAAAGGAUGGUAACCCUUUGUGUACACUUCUGCUUUGGCGCUGUUUAUAGACUGUGCUCUUUACCUCAAAAUCAGACAGAGCUUCUUUGUACUCUGCGCCAGGCACUUUGUGAAGCAAACCGAGCAAGCCAGCCUCAGUUUAAGUCAGUGUCUUACCCCCUGGCCGUCCACUACCCCUAGUCCUUUAGAAACACCUGUUAAUCAUCUGCCUCAGGUUAUCAGGAUAUCAGAGCCCAAGCUCCACCCUCCCCUCACCAACUUGCAUCCUUCUCUUUUCCUCCACAGGGAACCUUUUUUUCCCCCUCAUUUUGUUUUAAGAUUCUGAAGGUGUUUCUGCUUUGUUGAGGAGGCCACAGUGGGCAGUGAACUGGGGUGAUACUGCAAGUCCAUCAGGACUCAAACACAUUAUGCUGGUGCGAGUUGAGCUGGUUGUCCUCGGAUCACACACAGAUUUGUCUUUGACGUUGGGAUGCGAUUGAUUGCUCGAGACUUAAUUUGUCGCAGAUUUUCUCUGUCUUCCUUUUUUCCAUCUCAGUCUUCAUCCCCUUAUUCCCCCCUCCCCCUCCCACGUGAGGACAAGCAACAAGUGGAUUACGUGUGCUGCUGGAUGUGUACAAACUUCAGGAAGACAACAUUUCCAGGGCACGGCGUACGUUAAUGCUUGGGUACAGCUCUAUUAUUUUACAGAUACACACCCUCACCUUUGUUUUAUGUGCUCAGCUGUUGUUCACGUUGAGCACAAGAUAAACAGUUGCUGUUCACUUUGAGUUUGGACUGAAGCUGAGGUAGCAGAGCGUCACUCAGAGGUUCCUGUUUAACAUGGGUGAUGGUUAUUAUAGUUCAGGUUUCUCAUAAUGUCUUCAUUUCAAUUAUCCACAUUUUAAAGGUAAUUUGAUACAAGACUGUGCUUUGAUUUUCUUUACUUUAAUGUCCCCUGUUUUCAUUUCCAGCUUGCAAGAUGAGCUUACAUGCAUUCUCCUCCUCCUGCCUCUUAGUUUCCUUUUCUCAUCUUUCCCCAUAUUGAUUGCUCUAUUUUUCCUUAUUUCACCCUCUCUGUCUCCCCCUCCCUCCCUCGUUGGUGCUGUAGAGGAGGGCACUUCCCUGUGCUGUGGGUGAGCAGAGUGCUGAAAGUUAAAAUCAGCAAAUAAUUACUUUUCACAACAUUUUCCUGGUGGACUAUGGAAAAAAUGAACAGCAAAUGAAUUAUGAAUGAAUAUUCUGUAUCUUAAAGAAAACCUUAUUUAACCUCUUUUUUGCUUUUCACUUACACCUUAGUGUAGAGCUGUUUUUUUUUUGGUUGUAAUGUGGUUAGUAAUGGGAAGAUGAACGUGGAAAAUUCUAUAUUUUUGUUUCCAUUGCUUUACUUUAUGCUUCCCCUUUCCAACUUUUUUCUUUAACUGAGAAAGAAUAAACUGGAUUCGAUAAAGUG